AGUGUUAACUGUGAAACGAACGAACGCAGCCAAAAUGCGCGUCCUAGCGAUUCUUUCCCUGCUGUGUGUAUUAGCCCUUGGUUCGUGCCAGAGCCACGACUUGGUUCUAGGGCAAGCGACGUACGGUGACGUAGUUGUAUACAAGGUCAACGAAUACAAAUACGGAUUCCCCUUAAUAGUGAGGACCAGUACCAUAGAGUUUCCAGAACCAGGGACGCAUAACUUCGCCUAUAUAAAAUCCAUCUACGUGAAAGACAACUACAUCGAUGGAACGGGGGGUUACCCCACUAUAUCCGCCGGCGGUGUGGGACAACGGUUCGUCAAAAUCAAGCUGAAGAGUCAAAGAAGUCACGGAUUCAACUUCACCAUCACUAUUUACGGAAGAUACUAAUUGGUUAUGUUGCCCUGGUACUUAAAAUUUAAUUUUGUAUUGUCUUGCCAUAUAAAAACUAUUUUUGUUAUUUAAACAAAGUAUUGUAAAUAUUAUUUUUAUUUAUUAAAUUGUUUGCUUAUGA